AGACAAUGUUUUACUCUAGUUAAGCCUCAUGACCAUCGAGGGCGCCUUGGAUCUAUUUAUAUCCCUAGGCCUCAUGUGCACGAUAGUGCCUAUGGGACGCCAAGUUCAAAAGUCACCACAUAAAUUUAUCCUCUUUUCCAGCAGUCCAAAUUGACCCUCAAUUACUCGUCGUAAUGCCUUGGGAGUCGAUAAAGCUGAAUUCUGGAUACUAUAUUCCGAGCAUCGCAUUCGGUACUUGGACGCUAGGCGAUGUCCAAGGACCAAUCGACCAGAAUGAGGUUGAACAAGCUCUUAACAACGGAUACAACCAUAUCGAUACGGCGCAAAACUACAGGAACGAAAGAGAAGCAGGCAAUGCUUUGAAAGAUAGUGGACUUCCUCGCUCAGAUGUCUUUGUGACAACCAAGUACUCUGGUGUAAAUAGUCUCGACAUCCCGACUUCCAUCAAGAACAGUGUCGAUAGCCUUGGGGUGUCAUACGUGGACCUUUAUCUGAUCCACUCCCCGCGCUUUGCAGUCCCUGACAUUCCCACUUGUUGGGCGCAAAUGGAAAGGCUCCAGGAAGACGGACUUGCUAGGAGCAUUGGUAUCAGUAACUUUGGCAUCCAAGACAUGGAGAUUUUGAUGGCGUCCGCGAAAGUUAAACCUGCAGGUCAACCAGAUUCGCCUCCACCCAUAUGUCUAUCAGCGACAAAAGCCUAUCCUUGAGUAUGCCGCCAAGAACGGAAUCGUUAUCGAGGCCUAUAGCGCGCUGAUCCCCAUCACGAAGUUACCCGGCGGUCCUUUGGAAAAACCGCUGAAUGAAAUCGC